GAUGGAGCAGCAAAAGGGUAAUUCAGAUGCCGUUGCAGCAGCAGCAGCAGCAGCAGCAACAGCAGCAGAAGCAGUAGCAGCGGGUGCAGCAGCAGGAACAGCAGCAGUGGGUGCAGCAACAAAAGCAGCAGCCGCGGACGGAGGGACGGAAGUGGCAGCAGCAGAUGCAGCAAAGGAAGCAGCAGCAGCAGCAGCAGAUCGAGAAGCUGCACAAACAACAGCAGCAGCAGCAGCAGCAGCAGCAGAUCCAGAGAUGCGAACUCCAGCAUCAGCAGCACAAGCCGCACUACAAGCAGCAGAACCAGCAGCAACGCCUCCCGCUGCAGCAGCAGCAGGAGCCCCAUCAGAAGUCUUCACAGGCCCUAGCAGCAGCAGCAGCAACAGCAGCAGCAGCAGCAGCAGGCCUGAGGUGCUGCGUCUCCGCGUGCGUCUCCCCCCAAAUGUUUUCGCUCUGACCGUCCAUUCAGAAGCAUCUCUUGAUGAGCUGAUGCAAAGGGGUAUAAACGAAGAGGACAUUGAAUCAAUUCGCUGCGGCUUUCCGCCUGCGCCUCUGAAGGAAGGGAAGCCGCUUCGAGAUAUAAACGAUGGGGAGGCUUUGCUCGUCAUGCUGCAUGCAAAUGCGGGUCGGCAGGCUGUCUCUUUUCGCCCAGUCCCCAAACGCCUCGCGCGCAGCAGCAGCAGCAGCAGCAGCAGCAGCAGGGCAGAGCCGGGUGUCUCCUUUUCAGUUGGCAGCAACAUCGUGACUCUCGGGACCCCUAAGAAGCGCAGCAGCUGCAGCAGCACUGCAGCAGAGAACAGCAGCAGCAGCAGCAGCAGCAGGAAGCGCCUCAGCACGAAGGGCCCCCACUUGGGGAAUACGGAGGAAGAAGUAGCAGAAAAUAUUGUCAAGCUAUUCACGGAUAAGGGGUCAUCGAAGGGGGAAAGGGCCCUUCGUGCUGCCUUCAGGAUCGCCCUCAAUAGGCGAUACGAUGAAACGGCAGCAGAGCGCCGCUGGUCUGCCGUUCAGGCAGGUGCCUAUACACUUGAGCAGCAACAGCAGCAGCAGCAGCAGCAGCAGGAGUUUUCUGUCUCCUUUAAAGACCCCCUAAAUCCACACGAAACUGUAGUGGAGACGUACCCCGGUACGCUGAUGCAGCAGCAGCAGCAGCAGCAGCAGCAAGAGCAUCAGCAGCAACAACAGCAGCAACACCAGCAGCAACGGCAACCACUAGAGGGACACCCAAGUGCAUGCGCAGCAGCAGCUUUAGCAUGGGUGUUUUGGAAUUUGGUGCGGACGUUUGACGGCGAUGUUUUUGCUGCACUUUGCUGCGCCUUCGGGCGUAAAGAAGCAGAAGACCUCAUCAACAGAAAGAAAACACUCUCCGCAAAGGCGAGGGAGAACCUGCUGCAGCAGCAGGAGGCGGAAGCAGAACGAGCUGAGCGGCGGCUGCUGCAGCAAACGAAGCUGGAGCAGCAGCGGCAGAAGCAGCAGCAGCAGCAACAACAACAAGGACAAGGGGAGCGCCAGACGCUGGAGUUGCAGCAGCAGCAGCAGCAGGCAGCGCAGCAGCAGGAAUCUCAGCAGCAAGAGAUGCAGAAAAAAGAGCUGCAGCAGCCACAGCAGCAGAUGAAAGCUUCAGAAGAUGCAGCACCAGCAACAGCGGAUGCAGCAGCACCAACCGAUGCAGCAGCAGCAGUAGAUGCAGCACCAUCUGCAGCAGAUGCAGCAGCAGGUGCAGCAGCAGCAGGCGCAGCAGCGGCAGCAGCAGAUGAGGCCGUAGAUGAAGCUGCGGCAGCCGACGCAGCAGCAGCACCAACAGAUAUGGCCGCACCAGCAGAUGCAGCAGCAGCAGCAGAUGCAGCACCAGCAGCAAGUGCAGCAGCAGCAGAUGCCGCAGCAAGUGCAGCAGCAGCAGACGCAGCAGCAGGUGCAGCCGCAGCAGAUCCAGCAGCAGCAGCAGAUGCAGCAGCAAGCGGUGCAGCCGCCCCCACAGCGUCACUUAGGCGCAGCAAACGCACUGCAACAGCGGCAACAAGAGCAGCAGCAACAGCAGCAGCAACAACAGCAGCAGGAGCAGCAAGAGCAACGGCAACCCGACGACCAGGACGCAGAAAACCCUAA